GCGCUGGCCUCCGCCUCCUUUGUCGCGUCUCGGCUGGGCGUGGCUUCGUGCCGCCGGCCCGGCGGGGCGAGCCUGUCAGCGCUGGGGCUGCCGAGCGGGUCCCGGGCGAGGCUGUUUUGGAGGAAGAUGCCGUCGCCUCGGAUUCUCAAAGGAGCUUGAGGGUUUCGAGGAACCUGAGGGGGCGUGGAAAGGCCUGGCAGCCGCAGCGGAGGCUCUAGGGACUAGUCUCUCCCCUCGAAGUGUCCCCCACCGUGGGGACUUGAAGGAGGACCCCUUCGCUUCCCCACAUGGCGUCCCCGCUCAGCACGUCAGAUGAGCAGGGACCACAGCUGUUUGAAGAUCUGGAUGUGUAUUUUUCUCAAGAGGAAUGUGUGAGUCUGCCUCCUGCCCAGAAGACCAACAGCAGAGAAGCCCCACUGGAGUGUUUUGAGGAUUUGGACUUGAUAGGAGGGGAAGACAAGACUGAACCCAGUCAGCAGUUAAGCCUAGAGUCUAUGGAGCCUGGAGAGCUGUCCCUAGACACGCACUCCACUGCAGCACCCCUCGUGCAUUCCUCCGAAAAGUCUGAGGAUGACGUUGGAACACAUGAAAGGAAAAUGUCAGGCGGAACUUUGACUUGCAAGACCAAAGUUAUAAGCCUCUUGGUCACUAUUGAAAACCAAACCCCAUUAGUAGAAUUAUCUCAAUGUUUAGGAGUCAGAGCACUUUCUGAUAUUAUUGAAGUUCCCUGGGAAGAAGCCAAAAAUGUGUACAAGUGUCCCGACUGUGACCAAAGCUUCAGUGAUAACACAUACCUUGUUCUGCAUCAGAAAAUUCAUUCACGAGAGAAAAGGUACAAAUGUAAUACCUGUGAGAAGACCUUCAGUCACAGAACUAACCUGAGGACACAUAAGAGAAUCCACACUGGGGAGAAGCCUUACAAGUGUACCAAGUGUGCUGCCAGCUUCCGGCAGCAGUCACACCUGUCCCGACACAUGAAUAGCCAUAUAAAGGAGAAACCAUAUACAUGUAAUGUAUGUGGGAAAGGCUUUAUGUGGCUUCCAGGAUUGGCAGAACAUCAGAAGAGUCAUGCUGAUAAAAAGUCUUAUGAAUGUGCUGACCGUGAUCAACAUUAUUGUCAGGAAACAAAUCUGGCUUUGCCUGAAAAAACAGGCUCAUCAGACACCCCAUUCCAGCACGCUCAGUGUGUGAAGAGCUUAGAGCAGCCCUCAUACCCUGCUCUCCCUGAGAAGGACCAUAAGGAGGACUCUAAGAACUGCAGUAUUGACGAUGAAGACUUUUUUUCAUUCUCCAGAUUCAAACCUUUACAAUGUCUUGAUUGUGACAUGACCUUUCCUUGUUUCUCAGAGCUUGUUUCUCAUCAAACCAUUCAUGACAUGGAAAAACCUCAUAAGUGUAAAACAUGUGCAAAAACUUUUGCUUUAGAAUCAGAACUUGCAUCCCAUGAGAAGAACCACAUAAAGGAAGAACCUUUCAAAUGUACGGUGUGUGGGAAGAGCUUUAGAGUGAAUAUGCAUCUCAUCACUCAUAAACGAACCCAUAGGAGAAACACCAAGUAAAUACAAGCUUUUGCUACUGUGUGGGCUUUUCAGUAUCUUUAUGAUGGGAAACACUUUAUGUGUGGGGCACUAGGCUAAGCAAGCACUUUACACACAUUCCAUGGAAUGAAGGCAGUAUUAUUUAUUACAUCUGAUUUAGAACUGAGGAGACAUAGUUACACAAAUGGCAUGUGAAGCCAGGAUUUAAACUCAGUUACUGAUCAAAUUCCAUUUAAAUGAGCCAGAGAAACAUAACUUGUAAAAUUCAGUUUUUGACUGCUGGGUAGUGGCUCAUGCCUUUAAUCCCAGCACUUAGGCAGCAGAAACAGGAUCUCUGUUAGGUAGAGGCCAGCCUGGUCUACAUAGUGAGUUCCAGGACAGCCAAAGCUACAUAGUGGGACUCAUUCUCAAAAAAACAAAACACAAAAUAAUUCAGUUUUUGUUAAAAUGAAGUUAUUGCUACAAUUUUUUUUAAAAAAAAUUUGGUUUCUAAGAAUUUUAGGAAGAGGAAAUUUUAUUUAUUUUUUUGCCAGUUCUGUAUAUGUAGUAUCUAGGAAAGUGAAAUGUUUUUAUAUUUGCUUUUAUACUUUUCUUGUUAAAACUAUUUCAGUGUAAUGUUUAUGUGGAAUAUUUUGUUUUAAAUGUGAAUUUCUAGUUUAGGACUCCAUAUAAAGUUACCAAAUGGGCCAACUUUGUUUGUUUUUUUUUUAAAGUGUGUGUGUGGGUUCUUGCUGUGUAGCCCAGGCUGGCCUCAACAUCAUUAUUUUCCUGUUUCCAUCUCCCAAGUGCUAGGAUUACUGGUAUGUGCCACUAUAUCCAGCUAGUUAACAACUGGAUGACAGUAUUUAUGGAUUUCCCAUUUUCAGACCUGAUGGCAGGGGCAGGUCCUGACAUUCUCUAGCAGUUAGACUUUGGUGGUGUAUACUUGUUCCUCCCUAAGGGGAUUUGCUUUUAGAUUUCCACUGAAGCACACUCCUGGCUGGUUAUAUAGUUAGAACUACUUUUUAGAGAGCAUGCUAAAUAGUGUGGGUAUAUUAUUUUGUAUAACCUUCAAACAAAUCUGAGAGAAGGGAUUAUCCAUGUUUUAUAAAUAAACUGAAGCUUUCAGAGGGUAAAGUCAGUACUUCAUUAAGCACACAAAACAUCACACUGUGAUGAAGUUGAUAUCUAAAUUCAAGGGUUCUGUAAUUCCUGAUGUCAUGCAUUUUGUGACACUCCACUAUCUGUUGGUAUUUGUGCCACAAGUUUUGGAGACAGUGACACUGGACAGGGAGGGAAUGACAGUCAUCAUGGAGGCUGCCCUAGGACUUACUACCUGAAGCCUAGUAUGUCCUUAUUUUUAUCCAAAGCUUGAUUUCAUUACUCUUAAAAAAGCAACAGAAGACUCUCUAUUGAAUUUCUUGUCACUAUAUCAAAUCAGAGAUUUUUUUUUUUUCCAUUUUGAGACAGGGUUUUUACAGUGUUGCUCUGGCUGUCCAGGAACUCACACUGUAGACCAGGCUGGCCUCAAACUCAGAGAUCUGCCUCUGCCUCCUGAGUGCUGGAAUUAAAGGUGUAUGCAACCACAAACUGGCUAGAGAUUUUUUUUUUUAUUAUAACAUUUCCUGUCCAUCUCCAAAGAAAAAAUACAUAUAGGAUUAUUGAAUUUUGAACCAAAAUAAUUGAUAACAAAUAUGCCUUUAGGUACUGGUAUUACAGAUAAACAUUAGAACAAAAUAUUGUCAUCGUUCUACACUAUAUGACAACCAAAGAAUGUUUUAAGUAUACAUUCUUACAGAACUACACUUUACAACAAAAGUGAUUAUAUACCUAUCAGUAAAACUAUCUAUAUGGUCUUUUGGCUAGUAUGCAAGUAUGAUUUCAUUUUAUCUAAAUGGACUGUAAAAAAUAUAAUAUUUACUAAAACGGAAUUACUGCUAGGAAAUUUCAUGCACAAAAUAUAAAGCCCUCUUGAGGGUCAGUGGCUAAAAUGUACCUUCUAACAGAAGAGCAGGUUGAGAAUUUUAUGUACAAAAAAAUGCCAGCCAUGCAACUAAGCUCUUAAUAUUUACUAGAGAUGGGAUGAUCACUGUUGCUGAGUGAGAAAAACUUAAGUCAACAGCCUUGCCUCAUCUGUCGUCCCUUUCCUGGAGAGCACUAUUUCAGCUUAUCCACAGUUGAGACUGUGUGGCCUGUAUGUCAAGGUUAGACUUAGCUGUUUCUCCACAUUUAGGCUAUAAAGCAUCAUUGUGUCAGGAUUUGGGGCCUCACAUUUAAAUUGGCCUUCUGGUCUCCAGCCCUUGGUCAAAGAUGCUUUGAAUUGUACCAAAAGGUAGUCUCAAGUCUUUAGCUAACUCUAGGAUAUAACGGUGGUUGAUAACAGCAACAAGAGCAUUAGUUUCCUACUCUUCUGCUUCUCAGAGGGGGAACUGGUAUGCCCUCAUCGGCUUUCAUAUUUGAGUGAAGACUGAAGAGUUACAGGAUGGGGAAUGGAAUUGGGGGGAAAAAGGCCCUUACUAAUAGGGUUGGUACAGAAAGGUAUUGGAAGGUACCUGGACAAAAUGUGGCUAAUAUAACAAAUGGAAGUUGUCAGACACACACCCUUUUUUUUUUUUCCUUCUAAGAAAAUACAAAAGGUGAGUUUUAUGCUGCACAUCUUAACAUGGAAACCCACACUUCUAGUUAGAGCUCUAUUCACAAUUUAUCUCUCAGUGUUUGUAGUUUUCUGCAUUCUCCAGAUUUUGAAAGAUUACCCACAAAAGAUUAGAAAAAAGGCAUUUUUACAAAAAUCAUUACUAUAUGUGAGAGUAAUUAAAUGGCCUGUGGUGAAAUAUUAUUAGUGAGUGGUUUGCAGAAAAAAGGAAAAAAACGAAUGUUAGUUACUGUGAAAUAGGUAUAUUUUUAGUUAUUUUUUUUUAUUGUGUACUUGUUCCUAAAAACAGUAGUAGUAUGUCAUUCUCAAGCUGCUCUGCCCCUAAGGAGUUGAAGGAAGAACUCUGUGUGCCUGUGGUAUUUGGGCUAUUUUUAUGAUAAUGGCUUUUUCAUCCUCCUAAUUAUAUUGCCAACUAGAGUAGAUUCCAAAAGAUUGGUUGCUCUUAACCCAGGAUAUUAGCAAGUCAUGUUAGGUGCUAAUAACAAUUAUUGGAUACAGUUCAUAAAGGGAUAAGAAAAUGGAAUGUAAGAGUCUAUUGCUAUGAAUGGUUAGCUAACUACAUAUUGUAGGAGGGAUGUUGACUCUAUGAAGUGGAAACUUGGUACUGAAAACAUGAACUCAGACUUCAUGGGUUUUGUUGAUGCUGUGAUGAAAAUGUGACUAAAACAGUUCUUUAACAUAACUUGGAACUUGGGGAUACCAAGUUCUGUUAAACUGUCAUCAUUGAUGACAACAUUUCCCAGUGGAAUUUAGAUGCUAGUGUUUGCACUUUGUAUUUAGGUGAUGUUAGAUUUUGUUGUUGAAGGAGUUGAACUCAAAAUAUUUUGUCUAGAAUUGUGCUGCUACAAAUACCAAUCUGUUCAUAUGUCCCUGUAACCCUGAAGACAGCUGGCCCAGUAACCCAGGCAGUUAAAUGGCCUUUUUGUCUUUGAUGCCUAAAGUUCCAUAAAAUUAAGUAGUAGUGUUCUGGUGACUGUAAUGUAAGAUGCCAAACAAUCUGAAAAGAUACAUUUUGCUUUAAAUAAUCUCUAAUUUAUUGUAUAUGUAUUCAAAGGGAGGUGUAGGUUAUAUAGCUUCUUUAAAAAAAGAACCUAUUUUGAAUGUUGCAGGGAUCUCAUUAGGAAACUGCUUUUGCUUUAUUUGUUUAAAAGGUAAAUUAUGUUUAAGUGUGUAUAUUUAACUGUUUUAGUCUUGUAUAUUACAAGAACUAUUUAUGUGAUAUAAAAAUAACUAUUACCUAUCUUUCCAAGGCUAACUACAGGUGUUUUGUCCCUUUGAAUUGAGAUCCUUGCCUGCAAGAACUGUCUAGGGAGAAAGGGAAUACAACAUAUUCAUUUAUAUAAACUUAUGAAUAUUCUACUAUGUCUAGUUAUUUUGAUGCCUAGUUAAUAGGUUUUCUGUGUGUACUUCUGUUUAACGUUUCAGCUUACUGUUUUACUGUUUUUGAUGAAUUCUCGUUGGUCUUAGCUCUAGAUUGAAGUUUCUUAAUUGUGAUUGUGCGUAUCUGAUGUGCAAUUUAUCAUCCAAUAAAUGUUAUUUUUAUGAUGAUGGCAA